AUGUUACCUGCUGCUCACCACGAGGACAACUCCUCUCCCAGCAUGGAAGACAUCAAGAAGAUACUAGACAGCGAGGGCCUAGAGGAGGAGGAUGACCGGCUCAACAAGGUCAUCAGUGAGCUGAAUGGAGGAAACACUGAGGAUAUCAUUGCUCAUGGUGUUGGCGAGCUCACCAGGGUGCCUGUUGAUGUGGCUUGGGCCAUUUCUGCUGCUCCUGGCUCUGCAACUCCUGCUGCUGGUUCUGCCCAACCCCCACUACACACCCCACUAUACACUACAGCAGAGGAGAGGAAAAAAAUGGAGUCUGAGGCGUUAGAUGAUGGCAUGGUUCUUGGCUUGUUUGAUUAA